CUGACAGGGAAAUUUUCUUCCACCCAGCCACGAUGUCUGCCGCAUCCUCAAAGCCCAACCGCAGGCACGGCUCCCUUUAGAACACAUAGCUUCAUUGAAGAACCCAAUUGCCGUAUUACUCCCAAACCAAGACUGUUGAACGCUUCAGCGCGUCUAUCUGCUAAAAGUCAGCGAUCCGAUUCAGAGAAGAGUUACUUCUACAACUCUGCCAGCGAGCUGAAGUUGGUUGAAAUCUUAGCAUUCUUGACGAAGCCAACUACACCCACACAAGUCCGACUCCAAUCCUCAAAUUCUGUAAUCGAGAUUCUUCGUAUAUAUGGCUAG